UCCUUCUUCGCGGGCCGGGGAGAUUCGACGUGGAAGCCUGGCCAAGGGCUACCGAACCGGCCGAGGUCUGACGGCGAGCUCGCGCAGUCCAUCUCGCUUUGGCGCCCUCAGAGCGAGCCUCGAAGCGACCGCCAACUUGGGCAGAGGCGCCGUUCCCAGAGCAGCCCCACUUGGGCUGCGAGCGCCGGGAAAGCAAAAGGCAUCUUCCUCUUUCACCAGGUUCCUGGUUAGCAGAGAUUCCGUGAGAGAUGCCUCUUGGCUUGAAUCUUCUCCCACUCUGGAGCUUCUUGGGGGCAGAAGUCCGGCCAUUCCCGACCAUUCCAUCAUCAGUCCGUGGAAGAUUCUCCGUCUUGCCUUGUGCCGUGUGACGUUUUUCGGAAGGCGAGAGGGAAGCCAACUCCCAGCCCUCAGUAGCUCGGCGUUUUGACACGUGUGGGUGUUUGUUUGGCACUUUUUUGAGUUCUUUCCAUCCCCACCACCGCCACCCUCGGUCUCCUUCAUCGUUCGCGAAGAGGCCUUGCUUUGCUCCUCCUUUUUCUUCGCCUGCAGCUCAGGGAGGAGACCUUUUUAAAAAAAAAAAAAAUCUCUCCCUUUUGUGCAGGGACACACGCAAACCCUCGCAGGCACAGCAGCAAGAACGUGGGUCGUCCAGUGACAGAAAUAACCAACCGCACACCUUGGUGGGGGGAGCAAGAAAGAGAAAGAUGAUUGUAGAUCACAGGUCCCAAACCGGAGGUACAGAUGAAUCCAGAGGCUCCAUGUGACAUGGAUGAAUAGAGAAAACUGAGGAAGGGGCAUAGCUGAACUGGACUUCUCUGGUGGAAAGAAAGUGGGGUUUCUUCUGAAAAGAUGGUGGCUUUAUUUGGGCUGGGUUGCUGCUGAAGAGGCUUCAUUUUCCCCCUUUGUCAAGCUCUCCAUCUCAAAGUGGUAGCCAGGAAGAGGCCGUAAGAAGAGUCUUUGGCAGACUUGAUUCCCACCUUUGUCACUCCUUCUCUGUGUGGGAGGAAGCUGAAUAUACACACAAGCUUAGAUGUUUCAAUGGGGCCUGAUCCAAAGAUUUUAGCCAACCUACUUUCGCAGACACUACUGAGGAAACUGUCAGGAGCUGUCAUGUGUUGGGAAGAUGACAUCCUGAAAGUUGUCACUGGAAGAAGGCACUGAAUACCUGCUCCUAAAGCUUCCAUGCCUUCCAGGUUAUUGGGAGCUGAACUGUCGCUGAGAUGUUAUCCAAUGUUGCCAUCUAUCUGUGCACCAUCUGUGUGGGUAUCAUGUCUUACUACAUGGCAGACCGCAAGCACCGCAAAGCCUUCCUAGAAGCUCGGCAAUCUCUGGAGGUCAAGCUCAACCUUGAGGAACAAAGUCAGCAGCAGGAAGGUUUGAUGCUUUCUAUUUUGCCCAGACAUGUAGCAGAUGAAAUGCUGAAGGAUAUGAAGAAAGAUGCAAGCCAAAAAGAAUUGCAACAGUUCAACACCAUGUAUAUGUACCGCCAUGAAAAUGUCAGCAUCCUUUUUGCUGACAUCGUAGGUUUCACACAGCUGUCAUCCGCAUGCAGUGCCCAAGAAUUGGUGAAACUUUUGAACGAACUCUUUGCUCGAUUUGAUAAACUAGCAGCUAAAUACCACCAACUGCGUAUCAAGAUUCUGGGUGACUGCUACUACUGUAUCUGUGGAUUGCCAGACUACCGUGAGGACCAUGCUGCUUGCUCAAUCAUGAUGGGUCUUGCUAUGGUGGAAGCUAUUUCCUAUGUAAGAGAGAAGACCAAAACAGAUGUGGACAUGCGUGUGGGGGUGCACAGCGGCACUGUCCUUGGUGGAGUCCUAGGGCAGAAACGUUGGCAGUAUGAUGUAUGGUCUACAGAUGUAACGGUAGCUAACAAGAUGGAAGCAGGUGGCAUCCCUGGGCGUGUACACAUUUCUCAGAGCACCUUGAACUGCUUAAAAGGAGAAUUUGAGGUGGAACCAGGAGAUGGUGGGUCACGAUGUGAAUACCUAAUGGAAAAGGGGAUUACCACCUACCUCAUAAUAGUACCGAAGCAGGCACUCAAGAAUGGGAUCAAUGGGGUGAAGUUAUCUGUCUCAUCCUCCCAUGGGAACUCACCUCAGUUGAUCAACACCAAAGAAUGCAAUGGGAGCAUUAAUACAACCUGCACAACCCCAGAUGAGGCAGAAGAAUCAGAUACUAGGGUAGUGAAUCCUUCCUUUCCCAACCCUCGAAGGCGCCUUCGCUUACGCGACUUAGCAGAGAGAGUGGUGGAUGCUUCAGAAAAUGAGCAGGAACUCAAUGAAUUGCUUAAUGAGGCCUUGCUGGAGAGGGAAUCUAUCCAGGCGCUAAAAGGCAGGUCCACCUAUCGCCUAUCCAUGCGUUUCAUUGAUCCUGAGAUGGAGACACGUUACUCUGUGGAAAAGGAGAAGCAGAGCGGAGCUGCUUUCAGCUGUUCAUGUGUGGUCCUGUUCUUUACUGCUAUGGUGGAAAUCUUCAUUGAUCCACGGCUGCUAGCAAAUUAUGUGACAUUUGUUGUUGGCGAAAUCCUUCUACUCAUCUUGACUCUUUGUUCACUUGCUGCCAUCUUUCCCAGGGUUUUCCCUAAAAAGCUCGUGUCUUUUUCCACAUGGAUUGACAGAACUCGUUGGGCCAGGAACACCUGGGCCAUGUCUGCCAUUUUCAUCUUAACCAUGGCUGACAUUGUAGAUAUGCUCAGCUGCCAGCAGUAUUACACCACUGUCAAUGAUACAGUUUCAGCAGUGCUUCCGGGUGGUUGUGUGGAAAAUCCCAAAUACUACAGCUACAUAGCAGUGUUGGCACUGAUUGCAACUAUAAUGCUGGUGCAAGUCAGCCACAUGGUCAAGCUCACUCUGAUGGUGAUGAUCACAGGGGCAGUGGGAGUGGUCAACAUUCUGGCCUGGCAACAGAUCUUUGACAAAUACGAUCAGGAGCGAUUCCAGGAGAACACGAUCUCAUUAGUUCCAUCAAAAUAUUCCAUGACAGUGAUGAUCUUGGUGAUGAUGCUCAGUUUCUACUAUUUCUCACGUCAUGUAGAAAAGUUGGCUAGGACUUUAUUCUUAUGGAAAAUUGAUGUUCAUAGCCAGAAGGAGCGUGUGUAUGAGAUGCGGCGCUGGAAUGAGGCUCUUGUCACCAACAUGCUGCCAGAGCAUGUGGCACGCCAUUUUCUUGGCUCCAAGAAACGAGAUGAGGAGUUGUAUAGUCAGUCUUACGAUGAAAUUGGUGUUAUGUUUGCGUCUAUCCCCAACUUUGCUGACUUCUAUACAGAGGAAAGUGUAAACAAUGGUGGGAUCGAGUGCCUUCGCUUCCUCAAUGAAAUAAUCUCAGAUUUUGAUGCGCUCCUGGAUGAUCCCCAGUUCCGAUACAUCACUAAAAUUAAAACCAUUGGCAGUACAUACAUGGCAGCUUCUGGUGUGACACCCAAUGUCAACAGCAAUGGUUACAACACUGUUAAGAAGGAGGAUCGUUCAGAAAAGGAGCGCUGGCAACAUUUGGCAGAUCUUGCAGACUUUGCCUUAGCCAUGAAAGAGACUUUGAUGAACAUUAACUAUCAGUCCUUCAAUAACUUCAUGCUGCGAAUAGGAAUGAAUAAAGGAGCAGUGCUAGCAGGGGUGAUUGGUGCCCGUAAACCUCACUAUGAUAUUUGGGGGAACACUGUGAAUGUGGCAAGCCGGAUGGAGUCCACAGGUGUCAUGGGAAAUAUACAGGUGGUGGAGGAAACCCACUUUAUCUUGAAAGAGUAUGGCUUCCGCUUUGUGCGUCGAGGGCACAUUUUUGUCAAAGGCAAAGGUGACUUGCUGACCUAUUUUAUGAAAGGACGUGAAAAGCAAGAUUCUAUCAUCAAUGGUUCAUGUGUGACUUUGCCUCAUCAGGUGGUUGACAGUUCUUGAAGUUCUCACACUCUACAUGCAGAUAGCAGAAAAAAGCAGGUACCUCUGCAAUGCCCAAAGACAAACUGCUUUCAGCACCUGCUGCUCUGGAUGGGAGACUGAUAUAUACAUCACUGAUAGAUUUACAGGAAAUCACCCCUUUGCUUGUUCCUUUCUUCUUGAACAUUUAUUAUUUGUAAAGGGGCUCCCUUGCCAUCAGUUUGCAUUUGUCUCUUGGUAUAGAAAGGGCAGUAGAAAAAGUUUCAAUAGGAAGAAUCCUGCCUUUUGCACAAAUACGUGGCUUCUUGCACAUUCAGAGGUAAUAGAAUUCUCACUGCAGCCUUGCUUGGCUAGAUCACUUUGACUGCAUUAUCUUUUUAGUUCAAAUGUGCAGUGGUUUUGAUUUUCCAUUGAGCCAAGCUCUGCAUAGACUUCUUUUAUAAAAGUAAAUGCAAGUUCAGAAUAGGUACUACAAAUGGGCAGAUGAACUGGGAACACUGCAUAAAGUUCAUACCUGGCUCACUUGGUUCAAAUGGAGUUAAUAAUUGCCUAAAAGGAGACAUAUAACAGAAAGGAAAAAAAGAACACACGUGGAAUUUUUUCACUGUGACAAGAUGCUCUAUUUUGAAGAGGGAAAGGGAGAGAUCAUUCAAGUAUAUGAAAGGUUAUAUAUAUGAUAAUAUAUAUGAUAACAUAUAUCUUUAUAUUUUUAAUGCAUCAAUUGUGAAAGUAAGGUGCCUCUUUCAGGCUGUGCCUUGCUUCCUUUUCUGCCCUCAUCUUUGCUGAUGCUUCAAAAGGAAGAGAUUUAUACAGCCUGAACCAAGGCUGUUUUAUUAAAAGCCUUCAUCUGAUUAUGUUGAAAUAAAAAAUAUGUAAUUUGUUUAGUUUCUCAAAUAGAUUCAGUUUGAUUUUAAAAUUGCUGUCUCUUGUUUUCUUUUGGGGAGAAAAAGGAGGUGUGUCAUUUACUCUAAGGGGAAUUUUGCAUGGUUGGGUUGAAUGCUAAAUACCUUAUGAUUUCUGAUUUCAGAGUGAUGUCUAAGAGUGCCAUUAUGCUAUUGGAAUAUUUAACUAUAAGUCAAAAGAGGAUAACUAGUCUGUUGAUGCACCAUUUUUGUCUGAUUUAAACAUAAACCAAAGAGCAUAUUUUGUAUUGUUAAACACCGUGGACUUUUGUCUUAAUGAUGAAUCUCAAAUUAGCAAAGGCUCUGCUGGGGAGGGGCUAUAUGGUAA